GGGAACCAUUCAAUCCAUUACACCGGAAAGGUGGAGUCUUUUCCUGGUCAUAGUUCGACUGAGUGUGUGUGUGUGUGUGUUUCUGGACCUGGAAGAGUCAAAGCUGCAAGAUGUCGUUCAAUCUCAACGAUGCUCUUGGGGAUUGUGGAGACAAAGAGAAGAAAGAAGAGGCACAGAAGGAUCAGUUAAGUUUCCCCUGGAGUAAGGAUAAAGCAAAGGUAAAGGGCGACGGCAAAGAGAAGUCUGGUCAUAAGGACAUCUGUGACAAGUCCAAGAGCAAAGAGGGGAGUGGAAAAGACAAGAAGAAGAAGAAGGAGAAGAAGAAGAAGGGGGAGAAGAAAGACAGAGGUGGCAAAUCCUCCUCUUCAUCAUCCUCCAGCAGUGAUUCGGACUGAUGCCUCCUGGAGCUCAUCGCCUCUCUAAUAUUAUCUCCUUCAGCUGGGUGAAAUGACAAAGUAAUAUAUAUGUGGUUGAGUAAUUGAAACUUUUUCUUUCAGUUUAUUAAUUUUUGUCACAGAAAUGUACCAGUCUUGUGUAAAAUUUUGCACUUAAUUGAAGUAAAGGUUUUGAAAAUAAUAAUUAAAAUAUCUGCAACAUUAGAUUUUUAAACUUUGGGCAGUUCUUCUGCGUUUUUCUACCACUAGAUGGCAGCAGUCUCCUAAGUUCAAUCGAUGUGUGACCAGCAGGAGUGGGAAGAUGCUUCAAUUGAUAAGCAAUUGUAAUGUUUCUAUUCAGAUUGUUUCGUUAUAUACUGUUUAAAACACACAUGCUGGAACUGUGGGCAUAGAAAAUCACGCAAUGUCUCUGCUUUAAGACUUCCUCAGGCUCUCUGCAGUGUAAGGACCAGUAAUGGGAGUAACUCCAUCAAAAAAAAAAAAAAAAAAAAAAAACUGUUUAGACUGUUCUAGCCUGUA